AAGCUCGAAGUGAGCCGCCAUGUAGCCGGAAAGCAGGAUAUCAGUUUGAGGGGACAAUGCCAUGGCAAACAGAGACCACACACCCCGCUCCGGGCAGAUGACCUGUUUGCCUACAGACUAUGCUGGCUUUUGACACACUCUGAAAUCUCCUGCGUUGCUUCACAUUAGCCUCUUGAUGCCUCUUAAUGACAUCAGACUGUCUGAACACCAGUCACUCCUCUGUUUGAACAUUGCCAGACUGCACCUGAGUGCUCCACCUGUGCUGUACUUUAACCUCUUCUUACUGACGGAAUACUCUUUUACCAGCAAUGCACUUGGAAAAAGCUUCUGUUUACUGAUCAGAGUUCCUUUCUUAAAAAAUAUUAUGGAGAGUGUCAGAAGAAGGAUUAAACAAACGAUGGCAAUGCUUCACACAUUCUUCUCCUGAAACACAAACACUUUGAGGUCAUCAAAACGGGACCGAGUGCAAAGAUGCCUCUGAGAACGUCCUUGUACAGAAAGCCCUCCUCCAGCCGCUGGUCCAGCAGGAAGCGCAAGGAUGUGUUGUCAGUCAACAUGAUCAGUCUACCACUGGCCGAUUUCCGUCACAUCACACAUAUCGGAAAUGAUGCUCAUGCGGACAGCUUUGGAGACCUGUCUUUCCUAAAGAAUGGUCAUCAUCUUCUGCUACAAAGCUCCCAGAGUGAGCAGAACCUUUUCAUGGCCUGUUCUCCUCCACCAAAGCCCCCACGGCUCAAUCUAGAUGAGCAUGAAGGUUCAGAAAGCCCUGAAUGGGGGUCACAGAAAAGGAAAAAGUGCAGCUCAAUGCCACUACUUGAUAACGAUGAUGGAGAAACCAAAAUAGAGCCAGUUUUACAAAAAGAAAAUCAUGUUUUAAGCCAGAAUUAUAGCCCUAAACAGUACAAUGAACAUUCAAACACUGGAGAGGAUCAUUCAGACAGUAAUGCAACAACAUCAAACGAUGAGGAUAGUGGAUUUUCCUUUAGCCUUGACCUGGGCCCCUCCAUCUUGGAUGAUGUACUACAAGUGAUGGACAAAUGUCACGAUUAAGGACAAAUCAGGAGCAUUACAGUCAAAUUACCAGGUGUUAUAAUAUCCUGCAGUGACCUGAGAUUAAAGUUGAAAAAACAACUGACUGAUUAUUUUACUAUACUAGUUUUUUAUGGCAGUCAGCGUGACCAAGUUAGAGUGCACUUAGGAAUGCAUGCAGGGGACCAUUUAAAACUGACAAUUUACCUCCUCCCAUGACAUUCCAUUGUUGCAUAUUUUUACCUCAUAUUAC